AUGGAGAGUUACCGGUUAGCAGCACCAUCAACAGUGAGUGACACCAGAGAAACUGCUUUUUGGGAGACGCAGACACUCAGCUCUGUUUCUGAAUCAGAUCUUCCCAGAACACGUGCGUGGCCGGGGAAUGGAGGUGACAGGUGUCAGGGCCAGGUGGAGCUCCUGUACCAAGGCUGCUGGGACACCGUGUGUGACGACAGCUCGGACGCCCAGGAUGCAGACGUGGUUUGCCCACAGCCCGGCUGUGGCCAUUCGCUGCCGGCCCUGGGUGGGACCCACCGCGGGACCCACCCGGCGGGUGGUGCGACCAUGAACGUGGCCCCGGGGAGCACGCCGGAGUCGGGCGCUCAGGUGUCUGAUCUGCCUUCCCUCUCUCCCAGCUGCCAGGCCCCAGUCCACGCUCCUGCCAGAUUCCUGGACGAGCACACCUCCCGCCUACGAUUCCUGGACGAGCACACCUCCCGCCUACGGUACGGUCAGGGCUCAGGGCCCAUCGUCCUGGACGAAGUGCGCUGCUCGGGGCAUGAAACCUACCUGUGGAGCUGCCCUCACAACCCCUGGAACACACACAACUGUAGACACAGCGAGGACGCCAGUGUCGUCUGCUCAGGCCCAGAAAUCCACUCUACUACCCCAGAUUGGUGGCGUCCAUCAACUCCAACCACGGAAAGCCCCUCUUCAAGUUGUGGCGGCUCCUUAUUCAGUGCCAGUGGGACAUUUUCCAGCCCAUCCUACCCUGGAUACUACCCCAACAAUGCCAGCUGUGUCUGGGAAAUACAAGUGAACCCCAGCUAUCGCAUAAACCUGGGCUUCAACAGUCUGCAGUUGGAGGUGCACAGUUGUUGCAGUUUUGAUUAUGUUGAAAUCUUUGAUGGAUCAUUGAGCGGCAAUGUUUCGCUGAGGAAAAUUUGUAAUUACACCGGGGAAAUAUUCACCUCUUCUUACAACCGAAUGACUAUUCGAUUUCAAAGUGAUGUCAGUAUCCAAAACACCGGCUUUUCCGCUUGGUAUAACUCCUUUCCGAGAGACGCCAGCUUGAGACUGGUCGAUCGGAACUCCUCCCGCUCUGCGUGUGCCGGGCGUGUGGAAAUUUACCAUGGUGGCCAGUGGGGAACAGUGUGUGAUGACAACUGGAGCAUUCAGGAUGCCCAGGUGGUGUGCAGACAGCUGGGGUGUGGCUAUGCAGUAUCAGCCCCAGGAAGCGCCUAUUUUGGCUCCGGCUCUGGCCCCAUCACCUUGGAUGACGUGGAGUGCUCAGGGGUGGAAUCUAACCUCUGGCAGUGCCGGAACCGAGGCUGGUUCUCCCAUCACUGUGCCCACCACGAAGACGCUGGGGUCGUUUGCACAGCAAAUUAUUCCUGCGGAGGCUUCCUGUCCCAACCUUCAGGGAGCUUUUUCAGCCCAUUCUACCCUGAGAACUAUCCGAACAAUGCCAAGUGUGUGUGGGACAUUGAAGUCCAAAACAACUACCGCGUGACUGUAGUCUUCAGAGACGUCCAGCUUGAAGGCGGCUGUAACUACGAUUAUAUUGAGGUGUUUGAUGGCCCUUACCACAGUUCCCCUCUGCUCGCCCGGGUUUGUGAUGGGGCGACGGGCUCCUUCACCUCGUCAUCCAACUUCAUGUCCAUUCGCUUCAUCAGCGAUGGCAGCGUCACGAAGAGAGGGUUCCAGGCUGCAUACUACUCCAGUCUUUACAGUGGGGUCACAGAGCUGCUUUGCCUGCAGAAUCACAUGCGAGCCAGUGUGAGCGUAGGCUACCUCCGGUCCCUGGGCUACUCUGCCAGAGACCUUGUCAUUCCCGGCUGGAACAGGAGCUACCAGUGUCAGCCCCAGAUUACUUCGAGCCAGGUGACCUUCACAGUUCCCUACUCUGGCUGUGGCACCAUCGAGCAGGUGGAUAAUGAUACCAUCACCUACUCCAGCUUCCUCAAAGCAGCUGUUUCAAGUGGCAUCAUCAAGAGGAGGAAGGACCUCCACAUUCACGUCAGCUGCAAAAUGCUCCAGAACACCUGGGUCAACACGAUGUACAUUGCCAAUGACACCCUCGAGGUCAAGAACAUACAAUACGGCAACUUUGACGUGAACAUUUCCUUCUAUACAUCCUCUUCAUUCUUAUAUCCCGUGACCAGCAGCCCAUACUAUGUGGGCCUGAACCAGGAUUUGUACCUUCAGGCUGAAAUCCGCCAUUCUAACGCCUCCCUGGCCUUAUUUGUGGACACCUGUGUGGCGUCACCAUAUCCCAAUGACUUUACAUCUUUGACUUAUGAUCUCAUCCGGAGUGGGUGUGUGAAGGAUGAAACCUACCGAUCCUACCUCCAGCCCUCACCCGACGUCCUCCGCUUCAAGUUCAGUUCCUUCCACUUCCUGAGCCGCUUCCCCUCCGUGUACCUGCAGUGCAAGAUGGUCGUGUGCAGGUCGUACGAUGCCUCGUCCCGCUGCAGCAGAGGCUGCAUCCUGAGGGCCAAGAGGGGCGUGGGCUCCUACCAGGAGAAGGUGGAUGUCGCCCUGGGACCCAUCCAGCUGCAGGUCCCGCGUGCUGAGAAGAGGAGCCUGGACCGGCCAGAGGUUGACCUGGAAGAGGGGGCCAGCGCCCAGGGGAGCUACCACAGUGCCACCGUCCUUGCUGGGGUCCUCCUGGCCGUGCUCUUGGCUGCAGCAGCCUUCACAUUGGGGAGGAGCACCCGUGCUGCCCGUGGCCAGCGUCUGAGCUCUAGGAUGUGA